UCUGCCGGAAUGUCCAGCUUGGUGCGACGUUACGGUCAGAUUGCGGGUCCUCGCUCGGAUCGGCAGUAUUUCUUUAUCCAACCCCUUUUGAUCUUCAAAUCGCAGUUGGUCGAGACGCUAUGAUCAACCCAACCAAACAACUUUCUCCCUAUAUAUAAUGUACAGUGUUCGAACGACCCAUUUCAAUUCAACCACAGCCAACAAACCAACAAAUCAUCUCUCCUGUUGAAUAUACAAUCAUGGUUUUCUACGCAUAUGUCAAACAGAUUACGGACAACUGGAGCGCUCGAUACGUGAUUACCUUUGCUAGCCGCGAAGUUGCGGAUGAGUGGUGGCGUGCCGUGUCCACUUCCGCCGUCACUAGUUUCGUGACUAGUGUUCAGCGUGUCGACGCCCAGUUCUACACCCAUAACAUUCUCGUGGCAAACUCCGUCGACUCCCUCACCACAGCUGGGGUUGCGACCCAAUUCCUCGGCAAGGUGUUUUUCACCUUGCUGAAUGACCUAGGUGGUCGCGGCUUGAGCAUUAUCCCGCAGCUUGAAUAUUUCGCGGACCAUAUCAGCGGAAACUCUUUCUUCAUUCGCUCUAAAGUCGCUCCUUACGACUAUUGGUACUGUCCCCCAUCGUCUAACGCGACGAAUGCGGUCUAUGUUUCGCGCACCGAACGCACUCGCUUCACCAUUAGUCGCACCGGCAGUGGUACUGCAGGGACCGUCAUGAUUGGCUCUGACAAUAUCGUUAUCACGUUGACCACCGUUGAUCUAUCCGUCAACGUCAAUGUCACCACCGGUCAGGUGAUCCUCUCACUUGCUCCUCUGACAGGGUUGACUUUCAGUACCCUUUUAACCAACUUCACCGUUGGGCCUUCCUUGUCUGUGGACGGUGACACCGUGAAGGAGCUCCUCUACACGGAGAAAGGGGAACAGUGGGAACUCGUUUGAAUGGAUAUCAUUUGAUCCAAAGGUUGUCUUGUACUAGUACUGCUAUAGUCUCCCCGUUAUGCAUUUAUGAAGGAAGGAAGGUAUCUGUUCUCGUACUGUUAGUAACGCUAGGAAGCAAUCAUAUUGUUUGUUCAACGCCUGCAAUCAACGGUAUGGCUUUGAGAUGCAUAAAUCCUUUUAGCAUCAACAGGUCUCUCUACCAGCCCACGACAAGAGUGUUUAGAGUU